AGAAAGACGGAAGUAGCCAAAAUGAACUGGAGUUUCUAAGUGGAAUAAUUUGAAUCAUCCAAAGCUAGUAUUAGGAUAUUUUAUUUACUGGAUUAGUUAUUUAAUUUAGUUUUUAUGCAUGACUUGUCUUUGCUGUAAAGAAGGUCGACAAUAGAACAUUGUGGUAGCAUCGGUGUGACUUCGUACACAAUAUAAAUGCGACUAUAGUAUCUAAGUAUGUAUGGCUUUCAUAAAUUUGUGUGUCAUCUUUGCAGUUAGUUUGAUAACAUCUCAAACAUUUGAAAGUUCAAAUGGAAGUCCUUCUCCAAGUCCUACAAUAAGUGCAUAUAGAAGUGCUUCUCCAAGUCCUGCAUCCAGUUCAAAUAGAAGUCCUUCUCCAAGUCCUACACCAAGUUCAAAUAGAAGUCCUUCUCCAAGUCCUACAUCAAAUUCAAAUAGAAGUCCUCCAAGUCCUACACCAAGAUCAAAUAGAAGUCCUUCUCUAAGUCCUACACCAAGAUCAAACAGAAGUCCUUCUCAAAGUUCUACCUCAAGUUCAAAUAGAAGUCUUUCUCCAAGUCCUACACCAAGAUCAAACAGAAGUCCUUCUCAAAGUCCUAUACCAAGUUCAAAUAGAAGUCUUUCUCCAAGUCCUACACCAAGUUCAAAUAGAAGUCCUUCUCAAAGUCCUAUACCAAGUUCAAAUAGAAGUCCUUCUCCAAGUCCUACACCAAGAUCAAACAGAAGUCCUUCUCAAAGUCCUAUACCAAGUUCAAAUAGAAGUCCUUCUCCAAGUCCUACACAAAGAUCAAACAGAAGUCCUUCUCAAAGUCCUAUACCAAGUUCAAAUAGAAGUCCUUCUCCAAGUCCUACACCAAGAUCAAACAGAAGUCCUUCUCAAAGUCCUAUACCAAGUUCAAAUAGAAGUCCUUCUCCAAGUCCUACACCAAGAUCAAACAGAAGUCCUUCUCAAAGUCCUAUACCAAGUUCAAAUAGAAGUCCUUCUCAAAGUCCUACACCAAGAUCAAAUAGAAGUCCUCAACGUCCUACACCAAGAUCAAAUAGAAGUCCUCAAAGUCCUACACCAAGUUCAAAUAGAAGUCCUCAAAGUCCUACACCAAGUUCAAAUAGAAGUCCUUCUCCAAGUCCUACACCAAGUUCGAAUAGAAGUCCUCAAAGUCCUACGCCAAAUUCAAAGAGAAGUCAUUCUCCAAGUCCUGCACAAAAUUCAAACAGAAGUCCAUCUGUCAGUCGUUCACCAAGUCCAGCUGGAGAUCCAAUGCCAAGCUUAGAAUCAGGACGUGUGUUUAAUAGUGAAAUGACUACUGGUAUUGUGUCGGGCAUAGCGAUUACCACACUGGUAGCUAGUGCUUUCAUUGCAGCUUGGACAGUUCACAAGAGGGGAGAGCAGAGGAAAGGUGAUAAAGAGAAAAUAGAGGAAUCGAGUGAACAUGAUGAGGAUGAAUUUGACAACCCUGCAUUCUCAAGUGUGAAUUAAAACAACAGUAUGUUCUCAUGUUGAACUCAAAGAAGGUUUAAUUAAAACAACAGUAUGUUCUCAUGUUGAACUCAAAGAAGGUUGAAUUAAAAAGUGUCUUUUCAAGCUGAACUGAAACAAUGUCAAGUUGAAGUCAGUGUGUUCUCGUGUUGAAGACAAAACGUUGUUCUCAAUAUGAACUCAAACAUUGUGUUCUCAAGAUGAACUCGAACGUUGUGUUCUCAAGUUGAAGUGAAACAGUGUGUUCUCAUGAUGAAGUCAGUAAUGUUCUCAUGUUCAACUCAAACAGUGUUCUUAUGUUGAGGUUAGAAUUGUCAUGUUGAACUCAAACUGUUCUUAAGUUGAAGUCAAAAGUGUUCUCAAAUUGAACUCAUUUCGUUCUCAAUUUGAACUCAUGCAGUGUUCUCAAGUUGAAGAUAUUCUUUUCAAGUUGAAUUCAAACAGUGUGUUCUCAAGUUAAUCUCCCAACAUCUGUUCUCAAGUGGCAGAAAGUGUGUUAAUUUCUCAAGUUGAAGUCAAUGUUCUUAAAAUUACCGUAACUCAAACACUUUGAUCUGUCAGUGAUGUCAGUGUUCUCGUGUUGAACUCAAAAGUAGAACUCGAAGAGCAUUCUCAAAGUGUUCUCAAGUUGAAAUUAAGUGGUGUUUUUUCAAGUGUAAUUCACUGUUUUAAUGUUGAACUCAGUGUUCUCAAGUUGAUGUCAGUGUCCUCAAGUUGAACUCAGAGAAUUCUUUAAGUGUUUUCAAGUUGAAAUCAUGCAGUGCUCUCAAGUUAAAUUUGGUGUUCAAGUUAAAUUUGGUGUUCUCAAGUUAAAUUUGGUGUUCUCAAGUUGAAGCCAGCGUUCUCAAUUUGAAGCCAGCAUUCUCAAUUUGAAAUCAUUGGUUCUCAAGUUGAACUCAGACAGUGUGUUCUCUUUUUGAACUCAUUAUGUUCUCAAGUUGUCACUACCGGUACAUUCAAACACUAGUUUACACAUCCACACACUAGUUUGUAUUGAAGAAUAUACACUUGUUGACUAUGGAGCUUGAGCAUAUUCUAGUAAUUGCUUUUUUUUUGGGUGUUUUUUGUUUUGUUUUUUUGUUUUUAAAUGAACCAGGUGUGGAUCUAGGAUUGCUUAAUCAUAAUGGGAGGGGCAUAACAUUAACUCAAUGUAGUUCAGUGAUGUAGACAAACUUGACUUUCUGUUCCAGUAGGUCAGUGCUGGGUUCAGCAGACAGUUCCAUCAAUACCACUGUCACAGUUGUAAAACAAACAUUCUGAGUUUGUUUUGUUUAACGACACCGCUAGAGCACAUUGAUUUAUUAAUCAUCGGCUAUCGGAUGUCAAACAUUUGGUCAUUUUGACAUAUAGUCUUAGAGAGGAAACCUGCUACAUUUUUCCAUUAGUAGCAAUGAAGGGCUCUUUUCAUAUGCACCAUAGCCCACAGACAGGAUAAGCCCAAUGGGCCCACCGAUGUGGACAAACACAAAGACUCCUCUACGGCGAAAUUAAUGACUAGACUAAACUUGAAGCAGGGGCGGGUCCUUGAGUGCUUGUCUAAAUCCACACCUGGGCAAUCGAUGGGCGAGUCGGUUACACAUAGUAUAAAUUAUAAUAACCAUUUUAAAGAACCUUUCUGUUAGCAGUUUGUAAGAUGUUUGUCUUCAGAGUUGUAGUUGAUUUAGUGUUAUAGGUUUUAAAUUGGGUAUUUUUAAUGACACCACUAGAGAACAUUGACUUAUUUAUCAUCGGCUAUUGAACGUCAAACAUUCAAGGUACUUCUGACAUAUAGCAAAAUAGCCCAAUACAUGGGCAACCAACGGGGAUCGAUCACAGACCAACUGCACAUCAGGCGUGCGCUUUACCACUAGGCUAUGCCUCGCCUCCUGUUGUAGGUUUCAGGCUACUUAGUGGUUUUUGACGUAGGACCGACACCGGAUAUUGGUACAGUACGUCAUAGCAACAUAUCUUGCUAGCAGAACUAGAUAAAGUAAUUAUUCAUCUUUUAUUAAUGACUUACUGUUGGGGCUGCUUAUUAUUAUUCAAGUUAUUACAAUUCCAUAUAAGUUUAAUAUUGCAAGAUACAUUAUGCAUAUAAUAACACAUUUCUGUCAUGAAACAUUUAUAUUGCGACCAUAUUACGAAUUGUUUACUCGAAGUUAACUCUUUCUGAUAUUUGUUUGCUAAAAGUCUUAAAUUAAUUAAGGUCUAUAAAUAAUUGCUUAAUUACCAGUAACUGUAACUGUAAGUUAAAGCACCACUAUAUUUGUUUCCUGUGGUCAAUAAACUUUAUUUUUUAAAAAACAACAAAAAAACAUUUAAGUUAUAUUAACACAGUGUAGGUUUUCCUUAUGUUGUUUUACUGUAAUAUUAAAUGAAUAAUUAAGUCACAAGUUGGCUUGUUGGUUAUACUUCCCUUUCUAACAUGAAACACUGUUAACAACCUGGUAAUACAGAAAAUACAGGUCUGAGCUCUUGGGUGAAUGACACCAGGUCUCCUGAUAGAGUUGACAUUGUGAAUGAGAAUCUCAAGGGGUCCAUCUUUCAUGUAUAGAAAAACGAAUAUUUAUAAGGCACAUAUAGUUAUUAAGCAGGGGGCAACAAUUAAAAUCCACAGUGUCCUUGAUUGAAAAACGAAUAUUUAUAAGACACAUAUAGUUAUUAAGCAGGGGGCAACAAUUAAAAUCCACAGUGUCCUUGAUUGAAAAACGAAUAUUUAUAAGACACAUAUAGUUAUUAAGCAGGGGGCAACAAUUAAAAUCCACAGUGUCCUUGAUUGAAAAACGAAUAUUUAUAAGACACAUAUAGUUAUUAAGCAGGAGGCAACAAUUAAAAUGCACAGUGUCCUUGAUUGGUGUAAUUUAGUUUCACACUAAGUGGUCUGGUUGCUAGCUUGCCCCUACUUAACUAAAGACUAAGUUAUUGCAUGAAUGGCAGGUGACAGAAUAACAAUUAAUUAAAUUGUACAUGAACAGCUAAAUAUAUAAAUUACGUUGGAUUAUAGUUGUAAAUAUUGCACUGUGACUAUAUUAAAAGAGUUUUAUACCAUAGUUCAGUCAUGGAACCAAGACAUUUAACUAGAUGAUUGUAUCAUUACAACAGUACCAAUAACCUGUGUCAUUCCCACAGAGUAGACCUUACAAUGAUUAUGCAAUUCUUGGGGUGGGGGGGGGGGGGGGGGGGGGGGAGGUGUAUUAUUGAAUGCAUUACAAAACGUUAUGGUGCAGGAAAGUAAUUAAGUCAAGAAUUUCGUAACAUUUAAAAAUCAUAAUAAAUCAUAAUGUAAUGCACACAGAUAAAAAAUACAAUCAGAAAGCCCAAUAACUUUGGUAAAAUUAAAGUUUUGUCUUUUAGUAAAUUGUGUUAAAGCAAUUUUAUUACCAUUUUUGUAUUUUGUUGUGUUCAUGUUAUGUUUACAUAAAAUAAAUUGUAAAAUUAU